GCGCCGCGCCCCGUCACCUGCUCCCUUCUGCCAGAAGAGCGGAGAGCCGAAGCCCGAGGGGACUGGCCUGGACUAGACUGGCCGCGCGGGCAGGAGGCGCUGCCGGGAGGUCGCGAUGGUGUGCGGCGGCUUCUCCUGCUCCAAGAACUGCCUCUGCAUCCUCAACCUGCUGUAUACGCUGGUCAGCUUGUUGCUGAUUGGGAUUGCAGCAUGGGGUAUAGGUUUCGGCCUCAUAUCCAGUUUCCGAGUUGUUGGAGUGGCAAUUGCAGUGGGCAUAUUUCUGUUCCUGAUUGCGCUGGUGGGAUUGAUCGGAGCUGUUAAGCACCAUCAGGUGUUGCUGUUCUUUUAUAUGAUUAUUCUCUUGCUCGUGUUCAUUAUACAGUUCUCUGUUUCCUGUGCUUGUUUAACAUUGAACAAAGACCAGCAGAGCCAGCUUCUAGAAGUUGGGUGGAACAACACAAACAGUGCAAAACAGGAUAUUGAAAGGAAUCUAAAUUGUUGUGGCUUCCGAAAUGUCAGUGAAGAGGAAAAUUGUCCUGUUAUGUGUUCUAAAAUGUCACACUGCUCACCCUGUGCACCCAUACUAGAAGAAUAUUCUGGGAUCGUCCUGCGGUUUGUGGGCGGUAUUGGACUCUUCUUUAGCUUCACUGAGAUCUUGGGGGUCUGGCUGACCUACAGAUAUAGGAAUCAAAAGGAUCCCCGUGCAAAUCCUAGUGCAUUUCUUUGACUUGGGAACCUUCUCUAGGGACUGAAUAUCUCCCUUCCUGUUUUUUUUUUAAAGAAUUAUCUGCUGAUUGGCUGCUGUUCAUGUUAAGUGAGACUUUCUGCACUUGAGAUAAGACUGUUCACCUAGAGAUGCCUCUUACUUUGGUUUUAGUUUUUGUUUCUUUCUUCCCAUCGGAUUGGCUGGUUUAUCCAGUCAUAUAAUUAAAUAAAAUGAUACUCUAAGAAGGUGGAAGAUAGUUGAACAGAACUGUUGCAGUCUUUAUUGUAGUCCUGCUGUUUUGACUGUUGGUUGCUGUUGCCCUUGGUGAUUACAGAAAAAAAACCAUCUAAUGUCUUUCAUCCACCAAAAAAAUUCCCAUUCAUAUUGUUACUUUUGAAUCCCUGGUGCUUUGUGAUUCAGUUGAAAUCUACUGUGAAAAUUAUGUUGCAUUUUGCUUUCUACUUCAGAGGAAAGAGUUCAAGAAAUCAUUUCACAUGCAGAAAUUUCUCUUCGCCUCUGUAUUUCUGUGGACGCAAGUAUGGAAGCGGAAAAUACUUCAACAGGUUUCUCUGGUCCAACUAUUUCAGAAUUGCCAUAUGAAUCUAGUAAUUUCAUUUCAGAAUGCUGUUGGUACUUCCAUUGCAUGAACAUCUCCUGUGUUCACAAGCAUACUUGUUCACUGCAGUGUUGAAGUUAGCACUGUAUACACUGUAUGGACCCAGUGGACUGCAGUGACUGGGUGCCGUUGGUAACAACCUAAAAUUCACAGUAGACUUUCUAUUGACAUAGUCUGAAUUUUAUGUUUAACUGAAGGAUAGUAACAAUGAAGAUAAACAGAAAUAUGAAUUUUCAUUGUAUACCCAAUGCUCCUAUUUGAAUUAACUAUGUAAUUAGAUUGUUGUAAGCGAGGAUGAUCUUCAGCUUAGUUGUUACUGUAAAAAAACUAGUCUUGGUGCCCAAAGAGGUCUUGUAGUUAUUUUUGCAGAUUGAUUUAAUUUAUCAGUGUAGUAAAGUUAACUGAGAUGCUGUUGGUCUUUAGAUUUAAUAAAUUGUAUUAAUUCAAAAGUAUCUUAAUUUUUUGGUUAUAAAUGUGAAUUAGAAUAUUGUAAAGUGAUCUUUGUAGUGCUAUGAUAUCUUACUUUAAACAAAAAUAAAACUUUUGAUGAAGUCUGUUUAA